AUGGGGUGUCCAUCGAUUAAUUGGGAGAAAACUGGUCAACGUCCAGCCGUUUACGAUGGCACGGGCACCAAAUCAACACUCGGCGUCAAGUCGCGAUUUAGCGACUAUGACAAGGGACAAAACUUGUCUGUGCGAUGCGAAGAAUGGGCCCAAAGGGGGUAUUCUCUUACACGCAAUGCGUUGGUAUGCACAUCGCCGUUACCACCCCAACAAACCCGCUGCACGCUUCGCGCGGUGUUCAAGGUCCUCGAGACCACGGUGUCGAGCUCAAGACCAAUGUACCUACCUACCUCUAACGAUGAUCCACGGUAUACACGUGAACGCUCAUCUCUGCCCCAAAGCGCGGUGCUUAGUUCCAACAUCUUCCUCCUGCUUGAUGAAGUUGGCCGCUUCGAUUGCCUUCAUGUUUGGCAGCUUGCUGUGCAACUCAGCUCUGAGCAUGUGUUGAAGCUGCUACUGUGGCCACCCAGAUCAUGGAUGAUUUUCAAGCGAUGGGUUUCGGCACGGGGAUCAAGAUGGCUGCUCCUACCUCGCAAUGAUCUCACGUCUGCGAUAAAACAAGCAGCAGCAACGCGAGCGCCGGCACUAGCAGCAGGAGUAACACGAACGCUAGCGCUACUUGCACAGCGACGGAACUUCCCUUUGUGGCAUAACCAGCUCCAACCCCUCAACGAAGCAGCUACCGAUUACGAGUCCGACAUAAGUGAGGAGGAAGUCACGGAAUCCCUUAUCGAGCAGGUCAGAACCUGUAGACAAUAUAUGAAAAUGCGAGAGUUCAUCGUUUGGCCGCAACCGGUGGAAAACGAAGGAGUUCAUUCAAGGAGUCAAGUUUUCCUUCAAGGUCGAGCGAGGUGCAAGCUUGGCCCGGAGCAGUACCUAUGUUUGGUUCGUUUCUGGGGCAUUGACCGGGGACCUGACGGGUCUGACGGGUUGAACUGGUCUCGUGGAGGACGUGGCACGGUGGACGACGACGAGAGGACUCUGCUCUGGGCGGAUCAGCGGCCAUCACCUCCGGAUUGGGAGAUGGUGGCCGGCGGGGGACGAUUGACUGACUCUCCAACUAGGCCGCCCAGGAGUCCCUAG